AUGGCGGCUUCUUCACCAAAUCGUGUCCCCGAUGGAGGAGAGGCCGAAUCUGCUCCCGAACCAGAGCCGGAUUCCGACCCUUGGGUCGGACUCGGGCCGAUCGUGAAGAGAGAACCGGCUAUUAAACUGCUGAGUCCAGCCAGCGGUCUGGAGCCCCUCGCAUGGUCGGAAGACCACCGUCUCUCGGCCUCCAGCACAAAUAGUAUAUCUAUAAUGGAGUUGGUGUGCGAUGUAAAUGGCUAUAAUCAGGAUUUGGUCCUGCACCGGACUUGUAUUCCUGUGCCGGACACUUUUUUUGAACUAAAGGUAGGGGAUGAGAAAGAGGUGCAGAAGGCAAGAGACAAGUUCUCAAACCCCAAGGAUCCAGCAGUUAGUCAGUCUUUUAUAAUGGACAGAGUAAUAAACCCUCAAGCAGGACCACUCCGCGGUGUUAAGUACACCAGCUGGUCUCCUAUGGGCUGCGAUGGUUAUGGUCGGUGCUUGCUCGCCUCCCUCACGUUAGACAGCCGGCUCACCAUCUACAGCAGCCAUAAACGUUUACAGUGGACUCCUCUGGUGGACCUCACAGAACUGUAUGGGGAGAUGCUAAAAUCCAGGGGUUACUCCUCACAGCCGGGCGAGUCGUCCCCGAGCUUGUUAGACGAUUUAGCCGAGAUGCAGCGACGCUACCGAAUGCAAACGCCUGUCCGCAUGGAGUGGUCGAGUUUGUGUAACACUCAGCACGUUCAGACCAAUAACAAGUGCAAGGAUAUUGGCACAGUCCUGUUAGCGGUGCUUAUGGAAAACGGAGACCUGGUGGUGUGGCAGUUCCGUUUGCCCCUCCAGGGAAAGGACUGCGUUGUGUCUUGCAACACCAUCAAGUCGGGAGUGUCCUCCCCCAGUGUGCUGGCCUGGUGGGAGUAUGAGCACGGGGGACGUAAGAUGAGCGGUUUAAUAGUUGGCAGUACAGUGGGACCAGUAAAGAUUCUGCCAGUAAACCUGAAAGCUGUGAAAGGUUACUUCACCCUAAGGCAGCCUGUGGUGCUAUGGCAAGAGACGGAUCAGAUCCCUGUUCACAAUAUCAAAUGCAUUUCCCUCUUCCAUCCCCACCAAGGCUGCAACUGCAGCCUGGUGGUGGCUGCCAGAGGCUCCUACCUCUUCUGGUGCCUGCUGCUCAUCACUAAGGCCGGCCUGAACGUCCACAACUCACACGUCACAGGGCUUCACUCCACCCCCAUCAUCUCAAUAACUGCCAGUCGCCAAGGGGGCUCCGUCUACACCUGCUCUAUAGACGGCGCGGUCAAGAAACUUACUCCCGUCUUCACUGACGUAGCGGUGAUGUUCAAGCAGGAGGAGAUUGUGCUGCCGGAGGGCGUGGCAGGGCGUCGGAUGCACGGCAUUGCGGUCAGUCCCCACGGAGCCUACUUGGCGAUGGUUUCCACAGAAGGCAUGUCCAACGGGCUUCACCCUCCUACCCGCACCUACCAAGUCCAGUUUGUGACGCUGAAAACUCCAGACGAGGCCGCGGCGGAGCUGCUGGAGUCCCAGGUCCAGAAUCUCUUCAAACAGGCCGACCUGCUGGACCUGGUGCGUUGGAGGGUACUGAAAGACAAAUGCAUCCCGCCCAUGUUACAGGAAGAACUGGACGACAAAGUCCACACCUCGGGUUGCAACUACCUGUGGCGCUUCAAGCUGUUCCUGCUGCGUGUGCUUCACCAGUCCUUGCAGAAAGCUCCGGUGGAGGCCCACUGGAGGCCCACACAUGAAGACAGUAAGGUGCUUAUCGAGGAUGAGGAGGGGGAGGCGCAGGAGAAGACGACCGAAGGCUCCGCGGAUCCGAAGCCGUGCGACACUGAGGGAAGCUCCUCUGAGGAGCAGAUGAGUGAGAUCAUAGCCUGGAUUGAGGCGGUGGAGUCUCACCUGACCCGAGAGCACAUGAAGAGGGUGUUGGGGGAGGUGUACCUGCACACGUGGAUUGCUGAAAACACUAGCAUCCCCACAAGGGGAGUGUGUGACUUUCUCUCCAGUGACCCCACGUGCGAGGACCGGGCAGCUAAGGUUCUGAUAGGCCACUUACUGAAGAAGAUGAAUAAGCAGACGUUUCCAGAGUACUGCAGUCUCUGUAAAGAAGUACUUCCCUUCAACGAUCGCAAACAGGCCAAGUGCAGCAACGGACACAUCUGGCUCAGGUGCAUGCUGUCAUACAGGGCCUGUCAGACAGCCACAUACCGUCGCUGCCUUCUCCAGGACAGCAUAGCCAGACUCCCAGUGCCUGAGGAUCCUGACUGGAUAAAGAGGAUCCUGGAAGGGCCCUGUACGUUCUGUGACUCACCGCUCCUCUAGGCGAAUGGACUCAAG